GAACCACACCAACCUACUGAACUCUCCUCGUUGCUUCUUAGCUUGGGAGACUGUCUUGUUCCAAACAAUCAUCCAAUGCUCCCAUAUAAGUACUCGCCUGCUGGCCACAGAACUUGGUAGAGGCAAGGUAGCCAAACAGAAAACAGGGGUUCAGAUACAAGUAGUCUGUCUUUCUCUCUCUCUCUCUCCCCAGUUCUUGAGCGGCAUCAAGCAAAAUGGACAAGAGCGUUCCUGUAGUUAGCAAGAUCUUUUGCUCAGGAGCUCCAACAAUGCUGAUGAUAAGGAGGAGACCUGCUGUGGUGAACGGUGGCGGUUUUGUUGUUACUGACCUCAGCCAUAGCAUUGUGUUCAUCGUAGAUGGUUGUGGAACACUUGGAUCCAAGGGAGAGCUUAUGGUCAAAGAUGGUGAAGGAGAACCAAUACUAUCCAUCUCUAAAAAGGGAGGAAUUGUCCAGGCGCUAAGCACAAGGAACAGAUGGAAUGGGUACUCCAUGGAUUACCAAGGAAAAAACAAGCUGGUUUUUAGCCUAACUGAUCCGAAAUCAUGCACAGCACAAGGUGCGCCGGUUAGAGUUCAUGUUGAACCCAAGAGGCAAUGUAAAAAGUGGGAUUUCGAAAUUGGUGGAUCUUUUGCAGAUAGAGACUGUACGAUAGUUGAUUGCACCAGAAAAAUAGUAGCCCAGAUGGGUAAGAAAGGGCUGAUGGGAGGCAAGGACUUCUACCAUGUGGAAGUACAGUCAGGAUAUGACCAAGCUUUCAUCAUUGGGGUGAUGGCAAUUCUUGACAGCAUACAUGGAGAAUCCACUAGAUGCUGACAGCAUGAAUUAAAGAAUUUGCUCUUGUUUAUAAGAGUACAUUAAUGUCCGAUAGCAUUGAUCUUGCAACCUACUUUCAUCUUCAAGUAAGAAACAGACGCAUGCUGGCGGCAUCAUAAUGAUUGUAUGACCCACGUUGAAUAACAUAGACCAGCUGAUGAUAUGAGCCUGACUUUCGGUGCCACUUAA